AUGGCCUAUUUUAAUAAUCACCAGGUGAUGUUCGAGGGCAAGAGGGCGGUAGGCUUGCAGUUUAUACAUGCUGCCGAAAAGAAACAGGCGAGGGCGUCUCGGGAAGUGAUCAUCUCUGCUGGAACUAUCGGCUCUCCUCACAUCCUCCUCUUGUCUGGCGUUGGACCCAAAGAGCAACUCGACCAGUUCAAUAUACCACUGGUUGCUGAUUUACCGGUUGGAAAGCAUCUGCAGGACCAUGUCGGCAUAUGCUACCCAGAGAUUUUAAUCAGCAAAAAUAUAUCACUGAUGAAAGAAGAACUACUCAGCUUUGAGACCAACGCUAAGUGGGAUUUGUUAGGGCUAGGCGCUCUUUCGGCUAGCGGCCUCGACGCUGUUGGCUUCUUUAAUACAGCCGGGUUGGAAAAGAAAGGCGUGCCACCAGAUAUAGAGCUACACAUGGUCAGCUUUGGAAUGGGAUCUAUAGAUGAAGAUUUUACAUAUAAUUGGAUGGGACUCGAUAGAAAGUUUAUCAAGGACGCCAACUAUGCCGCCCAAGAGAAUCGUCCUCUUUUCUCGGGUUAUGAAUUCAUAGCAAACAUCAGAGGUGGCACGCGCGCAGACACUGCCAAGGUUUUCUAA